AGUGACGACGAUGAAUCUAGCAUGUGACACGCGCAAGUUGCUCUGAAAGGUCGUCAAUACGAAAUAAUGAAGAGAAUAAUUGGAAUAAUUGGAAUCGCGGUGGUGAUUGUGGGAAUUGUGGGCGCACAGAAUCCGAAAUUGUCUGGACAGAAACCGGGAGCUUGUCCACCGGAACAGCCCGUGAAUAUUUGCGGAAGAUCCUGUCAUUCUGAUGCCCAUUGCGAAAAAGAGGGGAAAUGCUGUCCUACCACUUGUGGCGGAAAUAUUUGCACUGCUCCAGUAACACAAGGACCCCCUCCGAUCGUGAAACCAGGAUCAUGUCCUGAGACGCCAACAGGCCGGUGGAUCUGCACUCCUACCUGUACUACCGAUGGCGAUUGUCGUGCUGCAAAAAAAUGCUGCAGGAAUCGAUGUGGAGUCCUUGCCUGCCAGAAACCGGAUGCAGAGAUUACGGAACCUGUUGACAUGGCUUAUCAACCGGAACCGAAAAUCCCUGAUGACGGCAACUCCGGUGAUUUUAACCCGAACAAUCCAUUCUUGUUCAGCAGUAACUAAUAAUGUGUUCAAAUAACAAAUAAAGUGAGAUAAUUAGCCAAUUUUAGGAGACUCUCAUUAUCAUGGAGCGCAAUUUAGCGGCAAAAUCAUGGAAUUCUUGUGAAAAUUUAUCGAUUUCACACAGGAAUUUAAUAAGUUGCAGAGUUUCAAGGUUUUUCAUAUAAAAACGAUAAUUACAUAAAAACAUAUCGAAUUAGAAUUAUUUCAUUUUAUAUUUACUGCGGAAGUUGGGGAAAUUUUAGGGAGCUAAUGAGAUCAUGAAGAUUUCCAAGAAGCGCAGCAGAAAUUAUAGGCAAGUAUUUUCAACAGUGAAUGCCAUAACUGUGAUUCAGAUUUUGUAAAUGCUGAUUCUAAAAAUAAAAAUCCUUACUGAUCGUCGUACGUUGUGCAUAA